CACUAGAGUUUUAUUACCUUUUGAUCUCAUGGUGGAGAGAGAAGACGUGUGAAUUAUCCAAAGAUUCUCUCUCUUCCUCUUUCUCAGUGGUCGAUUUUUUUUUUAUGGCGUUAUUUUUUAUUUUGUGAUCUAACGAGGGAAAGGAAAAUGGUGAGAAUCGAACCAAACUCCCAACGACAACAGUGGACCACACACGGUCACCUACUCAUGGUGAUGCUCAUCAAUUCGUUCAGUUCCUCUGAAAACUCGUCACUAUUAAAGGUAGAAGACGUGUGAAUUAUCCAAAAAGAAAUUAAAAAAAAAAAAAAAAAAAAAAAAUUAUCCACAAAGAGUGUGGGUCCCACGAUAAUUAGUUGCGUCACGAAUGUUUCUUGCAGUUUCAAUUGAAAUAGUAGCAAUCAGAUUUUUCUGCUGCCGACGGAAAGAUUUUGAGUUCAUAUAUAUAUAUAUAUAGAGAGAGAGAGAGAGAGAGAGAAAAAAAAUGUCUACGGUGACUAUUCCUCCUGUUUUGACUACGCCUCGUGAUGAUGCUGCCCAAUUGUACCGGGCUUUUAAGGGAUUUGGCUGCGACACUGCAGCAAUUGUCAAUAUCCUUGCCCAUAGGGAUGCAACGCAGCGCCCUUAUAUCCAACAGGAGUACAGAAAUAUGUAUUCUGAAGAACUUAACAAACGCUUGUCUUCAGAGCUCAGUGGCAAUGUAAAGAAAGCAGUCUUACUUUGGAUGCAUGAUCCGGCGGGACGCGAUGCAACAAUAGUGAGGGAGGCUUUCAGUGGAAACGUCAUUGAUCUUAGAGCUGCUACUGAAGUGAUAUGUUCUCGUACUUCAACCCAGAUACAACAAGUUAAACAAAUUUACCAUGCUACAUUUGGUGUUUACCUUGAGCAUGAUAUUGAAUUCCAAGCAUCUGGUGAUCAUAAGAAGUUGCUCCUUUCAUGUGUAACUACACCUCGCUACGAAGGCUUUGAAGUUGAUAGAAAGAUGGCAGAGACUGAUGCUAAAGCUCUCUUUAAAGCUGGGGAGAAGAGAUUGGGAACUGAUGAAAAGAUUUUCAUACGCAUUUUCAGUGAAAGAAGUAGGGCACAUUUGGCUUCUGUUAGUUCUGCUUACCACAGCAUUUAUGGGGACUCACUAGAAAAGGCAAUAAAAAGUGAAACAUCUGGGAACUUCAGGUUUGGCCUUUUGACAAUCUUACGGUGUUCUGAGAAUCCUGGGAAGUACUUUGCAAAGGGUUUGCGUAAGGCAAUGAAGGGCUUAGGAACUGAUGACACAACACUUUUUAGGAUAAUAGUGACGAGAGCUGAGAUUGAUAUGCAAUAUAUAAAGGCAGAGUACCAGAAGAAAUAUGGGAAAAGAUUGAGUGAUGCCGUUCAUUCAGAGACAUCAGGCCAUUACAAGACAUUUCUUCUUUCUCUCUUAGGCCCCGACCACUAAACAAGAGCGCUCGUUAUAUAUAGCACCAGUGUUGACGAUUUGCUGAAUAUGCAGAAAUUCCCUACAGUUUCUUGUGUACCUGCUGUGUGUAUUAGUUUGAAAAUAAUGUAGUGUCUCUGUAAAGUAACUGAAUGACUUUUCUUCUUUUGAUUGUUAGGUGAUGGUUCAUGUAUUUGUAUGUGCUUCAAGUGUUGUAUUGACAGUAGUCAUAUGCUUUCUGUUUAUACAAAUAUUUGUCACCAGAAAACAACUCAAGUGUGUGUGUGGAGAAUAUGGGGCAUUCAGCUCUGUACUAUUGUUGUUAUAGAUUAUGUAAGAAAAAUGUGCAGGUUUCUUGGGUGCCA